AUGCCCAGACUUGCUGGCCUUGGCAGUCAGCUGGUGACGAGCGAUGGUUGGCAGGCUUUUUGGUCGCUCUAUCCCGUGGUGGCGAGGGCAUAUUUCGGGGAGGGGGCGCAGGCCAACUUGGAGGUCGUUGUGGCUCAGACAGUGGAGAGAAUGCUAUCUGCAGGGCGUGAGGCACUGAUCGAGUUUCCAACAGAUGCUAUCAUGGAUGUUGAGUGGUGUGAGGGUAUGCCGGAUCUCUUCCGGCCGUUGGCCCAUCUUUGUCCGCAGAGCUGUGGUUGCACUGCAUCCUCUGGGGGGGCUCUUCCGAGCUUCUGCCCAGCCAGCUGCAACUUAUCGCUCUAG